UGAGGAACGUUGGAAAAAGAGACCAGCAGAGGGAGCACUCGUACCACUUACUGCGAGUCAUAGUGGGGCGCGUGUGGAGAGCGUUUCAUUUUUUUACUCCGUCAAUUCCAAAGUGGUUAGGUCAAAUUAUUGCAAAUUCAGAACAAACAAAUAUCUGCGCAGUAGUGGUAGGAAGGACACGGUGCCCUAAUAGUUACAUCAAUGACUGCUUUUUUGAUUUUAAAACAAACACCCAAAGCGGAUUCAUUUUCUUUCUUAAACUUACAAUAAAAGGAAAUACUUUUGACGUAGAAAAUCUCGGUCUCGUUUUUGAUGAACACUUGGAGUGACUACGCCGACUGCAUGAUAAUGCCAGUCAUGGAUGUAAAAAGUUCGCGCAGCACUUACUGCCGUAUACGAUAACCGCUACAUGACUGUCCGAAACCCAAAUUCAUCCGAUAUGACAUCACGCCAUCUGACAACCACCUGAACGCACAGACAAUGUUGACUUUCCAUUGAAGAUGAGCGUGUGAAGCUCAGUCCGACGUUGCAGGCAAAUAGCACAGACGUGCAUGCCCCCCCCCCCCCAGUUCUCUCCCUCCUCCUCCUCGCCGUCAGCCUUAACAAUAGCCCGCCCACUGCUGCACCGUCUGUCGGGGUGAGCGCUCGCGAGUGGCUGCGGCGGCGCCGAGUCUCGUCACGCCGGUCGCCUGUGGACGUUGGCCGGCUGGCAGGCCCUGGACAUGGCGGCGGCGGCCCCGGCGGCGGAGCAGGAAGACCGCAGACCGAUCCGGAGGGUUCGUUCCAAGAGUGACACGCCUUACAUCAAUGAAGCGAGGAUCUCUUUGCACCUGGAGACAGCUGAAGAAGUCGAAAGGCUGGCGGCCAUGCGCUCGGAUUCACUGGUACCUGGCACGCACACGCCUCCAAUAAGGCGGCGGAGUAAAUUUGCCACCCUGGGGCGCCUCUUUAAACCCUGGAAAUGGAGGAAGAAGAAGAGUGAAAAGUUCAAGCAAACUUCUGCCGUGCUGGAGAGAAAAAUGUCUACAAGGCAGAGCAGAGAAGAGCUGAUCAAGAAAGGCGUCCUGAAGGAAGUUCUUGACAAAGACAGUUCGUCGUCGCUCCGCGAGGACGAGAAGCUGCAAAAUGGCCGCUCUCCAGUGCUCGUGUGCAGCUCGUCGCAAUCCGAAGGUACUGAGCCAAUGGAAGGAGCGGCUGCAAGUGGAGGUUCACUUGAGUUUGAGAUCCCCGCUGAGAGUACAAGUCAACAGGACCACACCCAAAAACUGAACCAGGCCCCCCCCCAAAAAAAGCCUUCUGCGUAUCCAGGCGGCGGCGAUACGGAAUCAACAUUGCACAGACCUCCCACGUUACACAAGCAACCUCCUGCGCUACCGCCCAAACCCUUGACCAGGAUCGCAAACCACAGUACAGAUGGUACCCCGGUAAAGUUGCCGUGCAUGUCGGGGAAGUUAUCGCCUCCUCUACCUCCGAAGAAGCUCAUGAUCUGCGUACCUGCAGGGAGCACGGAACCCUUGUCGCCUCUGCUGGCCUUCCAGAAGUGCGGCGCCCCCGCCGGCCACGCUCCCGCGGGCGGGCACUCGCUGCAGUACGGAACACUCGCCGUUCCGCUUCACCCGCCCAGCAGAAUCAUCGAGGAGCUGAACAAGACGCUGGCCCUUACCAUGCAGAGGUUUGAGAGUUCCGUGAUGCGCGCCGUUCCCACCAUGAUGAUGGAAUGUGACGACAAGGAGAAUCUCCCCAAUGAGACGGACUACGAGGACAUGCCCGUUAUGUAUCGGGAUGAUGAUGAAGAAGAGGACGAAUUGGAAGAGGACGAAGAAGAAGUAGACGAGGAGGAGGAGGAGGAGGAGGAGGAUGAUGAUGAAGCUUUAUUUACAAGCACACUGGCCCUGAAGGUGCUACGAAAGGACUCUUUAGCCAUUAAAAUCAGUAACCGUCCAUCAAAGAGGGAGCUGGAGGAGAAGAACAUUCUGCCACUGCAGUCCGACCAGGAGAGAUUUGAGUCCCGACAGCAAACGGCAACCAAACUCACACGACGGUUGAGUCAACGACCAACUGCCGAGGAACUGGAACAGCGGAAUAUCCUGAAACCUCGAAACGAUCUGGAGGAGCAGGAGAAGAGGGAGAUCAAGAGACAUUUAUCCAAAAAACUUAGCCAGAGGCCGACGGUGGAAGAGCUGAGAGAGGCAAAGAUCCUCAUACGCUUCAGCGACUACGUGGAAGUCGCCGAGGCUCAGGACUACGACAGGAGAGCAGAUAAGCCCUGGACGAGACUCACGGCUGCUGACAAGGCUGCCAUAAGGAAAGAGCUGAACGAGUUCAAAAGCACAGAGAUGGAUGUGCACGAGUCCAGUCGCCACCUCACCAGGUAUCGGAAACCCCCCCCAAAAAAAACACACCUCACUCUUACGUCACCUUUUCAUAAACUCUGAGAAGGUUGGAGGUAGCCUGCUUAUGAAAGAUAAA